GAGGGGGUGCCUCGCCGGAAACUUGGAAAUGGCCCCCUAAGCGACUUAGUCCCAGCCAGUGGGUGGGGCCUGAGUAAACCCGCCCCCUUCCGGCCUUUUUCCCCACCUCCCAACCGUGAGGUGCUGCUUUGGGGGCGCCGGCAGCUGGGUUCUCCCGGUUCCCGUGGGCAGGUGCAGGGUCGGGUUCAAAGCCUCCGGAACGCGUUUUGGUCUGAUUUGAGGAGGGGGGCGGGGAGGGACCUGCGGCUUGCGGCCCCGCCCCCUUCUCCGGCUCGCCGCGGACAGAAAAGCCCGCCUCCACCCUCGGCCGGCCCUGGGGCUGUGUCCCCCGGGCAUCUCCAACAGAGGCCUGAGCUUCUGCCUGCAGGUGUCUGCGGCGAGCCCCCUAGGGUACACCCCGAUUUGGCCCCAUGGUGGGUUUCGGGGCCAACCGGCGGGCUGGCCGCCUCCCCUCUCUCGUGCUGGUGGUGCUGCUGGUGGUAAUCGUCGUCCUCGCCUUCAACUACUGGAGCAUCUCCUCUCGCCACGUCCUGCUUCAGGAGGAGGUGGCCGAGCUGCAGGGCCAGGUCCAGCGCACCGAAGUGGCCCGCGGGCGGCUGGAGAAGCGCAAUUCUGACCUCUUGCUGUUGGUGGACACGCACAAGAAACAGAUCGACCAGAAGGAGGCCGACUACGGCCGCCUCAGCAGCCGGCUGCAGGCCAGAGAGGGCCUGGGGAAGAGAUGCGAGGAUGACAAGGUUAAACUACAGAACAACAUAUCGUAUCAGAUGGCAGACAUACAUCAUUUAAAGGAGCAACUUGCUGAGCUUCGUCAGGAGUUUCUUCGACAAGAAGACCAGCUUCAGGACUAUAGGAAGAACAAUACCUACCUUGUGAAGAGGUUAGAAUAUGAAAGUUUUCAGUGUGGACAGCAGAUCAAGGAAUUGCGAGCACAGCAUGAAGAAAAUAUUAAAAAGUUAGCAGACCAGUUUUUGCAGGAACAAAAGCAAGAGACCCACAAGGUUCAAUCAAACAAUGGAAAAGAAUUGGGUAUAAACGAUCAAGUAGUAUCUAAAAAUAUUCCAAAAGUAGCUGAGAAUGUUGCAGAUAAGAAUGAAGAACCCUCAAGCAAUCAUAUUCCACAUGGGAAAGAACAAAUCAAAAGAGGUGGUGAUGCAGGGAUGCCUGGAAUAGAAGAGAAUGACCUAGCAAAAGUUGAUGAUCUUCCCCCUGCUUUAAGAAAGCCUCCCAUUUCAGUUUCUCAACAGGAAAGUCAUCAAGCAAUCUCCCAUCUUCCAACUGGACAACCUCUCUCCCCAAAUAUGCCUCCAGAUUCACAUGUAAACCACAAUGGAAACCCUGGUACUUCAAAACAGAACCCUUCCAUUCCUCUUCAGCAUUUAAUUCCAGGCUCAAACUUGGACAAUGAACCCAGAAUUCAAACAGAUAUACUAAAGCAGGCUACCAAGGAUAGACUCAGUGAUUUCCAUAAAUUGAAGCAAACUUCUUUGGAGAUGGGGUCUUGCUGUCUUGCCCUUGCUGGUCUCCAACUCCUGGCCUCAAACAAUCCUCCUGUCUUGGCCACCCAAAAGCACUGGGAUUAUAGACAGAGUCUUGCUUUGCUGCCCAGGCUGGAGUGCAGUGGUGAGAUCUCAGCUCACUAUACCUUCCGCCUCCUGGGUUCAAGCCGGUUCUUUGAUGAGAAUGAAUCCCCUGUUGAUCCGCAGCAUGGCUCUAAACUGGCGGAUUAUAAUGGGGAUGAUGGUAACGUAGGUGAGUAUGAGGCAGACAAGCAGGCUGAGCUGGCUUACAAUGAGGAAGAAGAUGGUGAUGGUGGAGAGGAAGACGUCCAAGGUACAAAUAUUGCCCAGGUAGCUUUUUCAUUAUAAGGAAAGCCACAAAGGGAAUGGUCUUCUCCACACUGAAGAUAAGAUUAUUUCACCACUUACAUAGCAGAGGAAGGCUAUUUUUGAAUUUUUUUCUGAGAGGCUUAAAAUUUAUAUUUAACAAUCAGCAUGUGAAGAUUUAUUUUACAUUUAACACACAGAUUCAACAUAUUUUUCUUAUUCACUGUGUUACUUCUGCUGAGCAUUUAACUUGUGAAAGUUCACAAUCUACCUGUAUGCAUGCAGCCCUACCCAUGCAUGCAUAUCAGAGUGUUUUGUUUUAUUGCAAGUUUUUAGGACAGUUUUCUGCCUGCUUAUAUUGUUUAUUGUUUAGUAGUAUUUCUGGAGCUCUUUCUCUUUUCUAUAAAAGUUGAUUGUGACCUUAGUGUGUGAUACAUUACAUUUUUAUGUGGUGCAUGGAAAUUUUUCAUUGUAUCCUGUUUUGAUUUCUUCCUUAGCUGUUUUUAAAGUAAUUAAAUUUUUAUCUAGGUUCAUGACAAGCAUUGUUUUUAUAAAACCCAGAAGAAAAUACAGUUGUUCUAGAAAUUUAAUAUGGUUUAUAGAAAAAAGGGAAACUAGCACACGACUCUGACUUCUACCUAGGUACUGUUUUAAUAGUUAAUUUUAAUUUUGGAAAAAUAUGAUUAUUGGGGAUAGAAAAGAGAUUAAUAUGUGCUAGGAGUUAUAUAAGGUUAUAUUUAUAAGAAUUUCUCAAACACUUUUUGGUAAUAUUGAUAUAAAUAUAACCUUUUUUAUAUCAAUAUAUCAUAUAAAUAUGUACUUUUUUUAUAAUCUCAUCCUUUUUUCAUAAAUUUUAACAUUUUUUUUCUCAUUUUUUAAAAUUUGUUUGGACUAUAUUUAUUUGCAAUUAUUUAUAAUGUUUUAAGGCUUUUUCAUGUGUGUAUAUAAUAUCACCAAUUAGAUUGUAAGCUCUUGGAGGGCAGGAAUUUUUAUUUAUUUUUGCCUUCUAUUUUGCUUGUAUCAUUUUCUACCUUCACACACACACCCCACAGUACUUUAUACACAAGGCCCUCAAUAAAUAUUAAUAACUGAUAAUUGUAUGCUUUUCUCAUUGAGCUCUUGUUCUUAUAACUGUGACUAGGGUAAUAACCCUUUAACUUCUGGUCUUAUAAGCUUGCUUGGUUUACACUUUAAAUAUUCUCUCAUUUCUUUAAGGCUUUUUCAUCUCAUUAGAUAAUUUUGAAGUUUUAUUACAGCAGUUUAUCUCAAUCUUUGUUGUCAGUCAUUUCUUAUAUUCUUGUCUAUCUGAAAGUUGAUAACUGUCACAAUAUUUUAAUAUUUGUAUGAGUUUUAAUCUAUUGUAAGUAAAUUUAUUUUCAGUACUUUCUCUCUCCCUUUAUUGUACCCUUCUUCUUCCUCCCCUGAUUCUCAUUGCCACCUUCUACUUCAAGUCCCCAAGACCCUCAUUUUACCCUCCCAUUCCUUUCACAAGAAAAUAAAUUCGGAUUCUAAAGAAUGUAAGGAAAUGACAAAAGAUACUGUCCUCAGUGAAGGAGGGAAGGGGUUGUUACAUUUUUUGAUUUCCCUAUUUGCAAGUGAAUCUUACUUGAUCUGAGUGUUGCCAUUUAACAUUUCUUGUCCAUUCUGGCGUUCUCUAGAUGAUAGCGGCAGGAGGAUAGGGCACCUACAAAAGGGACCAAGAACAAAAAGAUGCAGGAACAUCUUAUUGUUCUGGCAAGAGGGAUAAGUUUGGGUGAACUGACUAAAAAGGAAUACUGAGGAGACCUAAAUAAUUGUUAACAUGUUUCCAGGAAUUCUUUUAUUUUAUAUAUAUUUUUUGAGACAGAGUCUUGCUCUGUUGCCCAGGAUGGAGUGCAGUACCACAGUCUUGGCCCACUGCAGUCUUUGACUCCCAGGUUCAAUGGAUUUUUGUGCCUCAGCCUCUCAAGCAGCUGGGACUACAGGCAUGCACCACCACGUCCAACUAAGUUUUGUAUUUUUAGUAGAAACUAGAUUUCACCAUGUUGCCAAGGCUGACCUCAAGUGAUUCACCCUCCUCAGCCUUCUAAAGUACUGGGAUUACAGGCAUGAGCCACAAUACCUGUCCAUCCAAGGAUUCUUUAGGCAUAUUAUUAACUGUCUAAAAAGUGGCAGGAGGAAAUUAUGGCUGUUCUCUAACUUAUCAACAACUUGGAUUCCAAAUGUUUGUUACUAAGUCAAAAGAGGUAACAGAAUACUUCAUUGUGCCAAUGUGGAAAUAAUGGUUGGGCUCCAGUAUGGUUUGCACUUGUAGCCAAAACAAGCAAUAAAAUAGAAUAGAAAAAAAGUUAGUUGGUCAGGUGUGGUGGCUCACGCCUGUAAUCCCAGCACUUUGGGAUGCCAAGGUGGGCAGAUCACCUGCGGUCAGGAGUUUGAGACCAGCCUGGCCAACAUGAUGAAACCUCAUCUCUACUAAAAAAUACAAAAAUUAGCUGGGCAUGGUGGCAGGUGCCUGUAAUCCCAGCUACUUGGGAGGCUGAGGCAGAAUUGCUUGAACCCAGGAGGCAGAGGUUGUGGUGAGCUGAGAUCGCGCCAUUGCAGUCCAGCCUGGGUAACAGAAUAAGACUCUGUCUAAAAAAAAAAGGAAAGAAAAAAAACCGUUAGUCUAGAAUCAAGAGAUAGGCUGUGUAUUGCUUUCCAAGUCACAAACUCUCUGGGCCACAAUUUCUUCAUCUGUAUGAAGACUGUUGAACUGGAAUAAAUGAUCUUUCUCAAAAUAAAUAAAAUGAUAUUUCUCAGUUUUAAAAUUCUGUGGCCACAUUCAAGUUGGAAUCACUAUAUAUAACACACGUAUAAUGGGAAAAUAUGUUUCAGAUUUCAGGAUGUCUGAAACACAUCUAUUCCCAAAUCCAUGAAAGAAAGUAGAAACUUUAUUGCCACCAUUGUGACUCUACAGCCAAAGAUAACAAAGAAUUAAGCACACAUUUAAUGUUCUAUAGAUAGGAGCUCUUCUCUGCUCUCUCUAGUAGUAGGAGUAGUCUCUUAAGUUGUGAGGUCCCUAGGAUUAGAGAUUCCAGCUGCAGAAUAAGAUUCUGGCUUCACCUAAGUGCACUUUGACUUUGGUCUCCAAAAUUGUGUAUUAUGAAUUCAGGCUUUGACAGCAUAUCUACCAAUAGGGAACUGAAGGAUUCCAGCCUUAUCUGUGAUACCUGUUCAUUACAUAUUAAUCACUGGAGUCAGCACUACUUGUAAAGUGUUUUGUAGAAUUGAGGCCUAUUUUUCCUUUGUUUAUAAUUAUUUAUAG